AUGGCAGCCGCGGCGGCGUCAGCUCUGGCUGUGCAUGCCGCCGCCACCUCUGGCGCGGGCGUGCUGCAGAAGCUGGCGCGGGUGUUCAAGGAGAAGGCGGCGCAGGACCUGGGGCGCAUCGUGAAGGGCACCAGCAAGACGCGCGAGAAGCUGGGGGUCAUUGAGGAGCUGUUCACGUACUGGAACCUGGAUGAUGCAGACGAGACGCUGGAGGAGCUGGAGGACGCCCUGAUUAUGUCCGACUUUGGGCCGCGCACCGCCUUCAAGAUCGUGGAUGGCAUCCGCGACAAGGUACUGGCGGGGCAGCUGAAAACGGGGGACCAGAUCCGAGCGGAGCUGAAGCAGUCGAUUGCCGCACUGCUGGCGGAGCGCGGCGGCAGCGCCGAGCUGGCGCUGCCCGACAGCAAGCCCGCGGUGCUGCUGAUCGUGGGCGUCAACGGCGGAGGCAAGACCACCACCAUCGGCAAGCUGGCGCACCGGUUUGGGGCGGAGGGCGGGGCCAAGGUGGUGCUGGGCGCGGGCGACACCUUCCGCGCCGCCGCGGCGGAGCAGCUGGAGGAGUGGGCGCGGCGGGCGGGGGCCGACAUUGUCCGUGCCGACAGCGACAAGGCGCGGCCAGACACGGUGCUGUACCAGGCGGUGGAUGCGGCGGUGAGGGGGGGCGCUGACCUGGUGCUGUGCGACACCUCGGGCCGCCUGCACACCAACUGGAGCCUGAUGGACGAGCUGGCCAAGUGCAAGCGCAGCAUCGCAAAGCGCCUGGACGGCGCGCCGCACGAGGUGCUGUUGGUGCUGGACGGCACCACGGGCCUCAACAUGCUCAACCAGGCCAAGGAGUUUAAUGAGACGGUGCAACUGACCGGAAUCAUCCUCACAAAGUUGGACGGCACGGCGCGUGGCGGCGCAGUGGUCAGCGUUGUGGACGAGCUGGGUGUGCCAGUUAAGUUUGUGGGAGUGGGGGAGGGCGUCCAGGACUUGCAGCCUUUCCAGCCCGCGACUUUUGUCGAUGCGCUUUUCCCGGAGGACGGUGGCAAAGCGGCAGAGGAGGCAGAUGUGCCGACGCAGUAG